AUGCUGCUGCAGAGCUGCCGGGCUUUGCUGCUCCUCUGCGCCGCUGCCAGGUUUUUCGGGUGGCUGGGCCUCGGUACCCACCCGGAGGAGCUGGGGACCUCCCCUCCAGAGUUGGGGAUCCCCCCACGUGUCCCCUUUGAGAGGACCACGGGUGACGAGCGGUUCCAGGCUGAAGCCACGCGCUGGGAGCCAUCACCUCUGGAGCCCUGCCACCAUCAGGUCGUGAUGCGGCUCCGCUCAUCCUGUGCCGACCUGAGCGAGGAGGAGGAAGAUGUAGCCAAGCUGGGGGUGGACCUGUCCAACUGCCAUGCCAGCACCGAGGGUUGCCGGACAUACCCCUGCACACCAGACGCGGAGGAGCCGCAGGAGCAGCCAGAUGGGCAGCUGCGGCCAAGGCUGGAGACCCCCAUCCACCACAGCCUGCAGCGGCCGACGCUGGAUGAGACCCUCGUUGCCAGUGGACAGCACCGGGUGGCCCAGCUCGUGGAGGACACCACCCAGCAGAUGGGGAACGUGAGCAGCCGUGAGGCCGCGGGGCUCCGAGAAGGGCACCAGGUUGUCCUGUCCAACCUCCACCACGCACAGAAAAGAGCUAAGGACGUCUGUUCCCAACUAGAGAGCAACUUGGCCCUUCUCCUGGCCCGGCAGCGCCAGAUGGAGGAGGUGAUGGAGAAGCUGCGCUGGGUCAGCCGGAGCCUGGGGCUGAUGCUGGCGGCUGUGGAGGAUGCACGGAGCCAGCUGGAGAACCAUCUGCAGCACCUCCACACCAGCCUUGACCCAGCCGGUCAGAGCCCAAGUGCCAUCUCCACCUGCAUCCUACACGGCUCCUACUUUGUGCUGCUGGUCACGCUACUGGUGCCCAUGCCGCCCCGUGCCAUCCUCCUCCUCCUCUUCCUCGCCUCCAGCGCUCUCGGCAUCCCGGCACUCUCAGCUUUCCUGGCCCUUGCUGCUGCAGGGCAAUGGCUGGUGGCAGCCACCUGCUGCGGUGCUGGGGGAGCCUGGCUGGUGCUUCCCCGUGAGGAGCCCCGUCACUGGCUCACCUCCACCCCGGAGAGGGAAUGCGAAAUGGAGCUGUUGCAGGAGGAGCUGGACAGGAUGGAGAUGAGCUGCCUGCAAGAGGCCUCGUACCUGGAGCAACCCCCAGCGAUGGCAGGGGACCUCCCCGGCUUAGCACCCACCCCCGGUGGCUGGAGGACAAAGCUGAGCUCGUGCAGGGGGCUCACCAGGGCCGGGCAGCGGUGCCGGAAGAAAGCCAUCCCUGGGCAGGACUUCUGCCAUGUCCACACCACCAGUCGAGCCUCAUGCAGCAGCUUGGCCAUGGACUCCUCCCCCCGUAUUUGA